UCGAAGAGGAGGAGAGCGGAGGAGGCGAAGGGGGCAUGACUCGUGCAACUUGCGGCGGGCAUCUGCUGAGGCUCUGAGCCGGCGGCAGCCCGGGCCCGGAUUGCGGCCGCGCGGAUCCCACCCAGCCCAUCCCGCCCCGGCCGACGGCUGCGGCUGACCUGGAUCCACCGAGCGCCAGCCGGCCGCCAGCGAUCCGCCCUCGUCUUCCAGGCUGGUUUCUGGAGCGCGAGGAGCGCCCUCCUGGCCGCCCCUUUCGCCGAACCCCCGCCCUCCGAUGGCUCGGAUGGGGCUUGCGGGCGCCGUUGGACGCUGGUGGGGACUCGCUCUCGGUUUGGCCACCUUCUUCCCAGGCACUCACACACAAAUGGUGCAGGUGAACGACUCCAUGUAUGGCUUCAUUGGCACAGACGUGGUAUUGCACUGUAGCUUCGCCAACCCACUGCCCAGCGUGAAGAUUACCCAGGUCACGUGGCAGAAGGCCACCAAUGGCUCCAAGCAGAACAUGGCCAUCUACAACCCAACUAUGGGUGUCUCUGUGUUGCCACCCUAUGAGAAGCGAGUGGAGUUCCUGCGACCCUCCUUCAUUGAUGGUACCAUCCGCCUCUCCCGCCUGGAGCUGGAGGACGAGGGCAUGUACAUCUGUGAAUUUGCCACCUUUCCUACAGGCAACCGCGAGAGCCAGCUCAAUCUCACUGUGAUGGCCAAACCUACCAACUGGAUCGAGGGCACCCAUGCAGUGCUUCGAGCCAGGAAGGGACAGGAUGACAAGGUCCUGGUGGCCACCUGCACCUCAGCCAACGGGAAGCCUCCCAGUGUGGUGUCCUGGGAAACGCGGCUAAAGGGCGAGGCAGAGUACCAGGAAAUUCGGAACCCCAAUGGCACAGUGACAGUCAUCAGCCGUUACCGCUUGGUGCCCAGCCGGGAAGCCCACCGGCAGUCCCUGGCUUGCAUCGUCAACUAUCACCUGGACCGCUUCAGGGAGAGCCUCACGCUCAACGUGCAGUAUGAACCUGAGGUGACCAUUGAGGGCUUUGAUGGCAACUGGUACCUGCAGCGGACAGAUGUGAAGCUUACAUGCAAAGCAGAUGCUAACCCCCCAGCCACCGAGUACCACUGGACCACGCUGAAUGGCUCUCUCCCCAAGGGUGUGGAGGCUCAGAACAGAACCCUCUUCUUCCGAGGACCCAUCAACUACAGCCUGGCAGGAACCUACAUCUGUGAGGCCACCAACCCCAUUGGCACCCGCUCAGGGCAGGUGGAGGUCAAUAUCACAGAGUUCCCCUACACCCCGUCUCCCGAACAUGGGCGGCGUUCGGGGCAGGUGCCCACAGCCAUCAUCGGGGGAGUGGCAGGGAGUGUCCUGCUGGUGCUGAUUGUGGUUGGAGGGAUCAUAGUGGCCCUGCGCCGACGCCGGCACACCUUCAAGGGCGACUACAGCACCAAGAAGCAUGUAUAUGGCAAUGGCUACAGCAAGGCAGGGAUCCCCCAGCAUCACCCGCCCAUGGCACAGAACCUGCAGUAUCCCGAUGACUCAGAUGAUGAAAAGAAGGCCGGCCCACUGGGCGGGAGCAGCUAUGAGGAGGAAGAAGAGGAGGAGGGCGGUGGAGGGGGUGAACGCAAGGUAGGCGGACCCCACCCCAAAUAUGACGAGGACGCCAAACGGCCCUACUUCACUGUGGAUGAAGCGGAGGCCCGUCAGGACGGCUAUGGGGACCGGACUCUGGGCUACCAGUAUGACCCUGAACAACUGGACUUGGCUGAGAACAUGGUUUCUCAGAACGAUGGGUCUUUCAUUUCCAAGAAGGAGUGGUAUGUGUAGCCCUACCUUCCGGAGCCUCUGUCUGUGCCCACUUCUCCCUUGCUCCUACCCGCACGCCCCCUGCCCACCCCCACAGCCCACUGCCCCAGGAGCUCAACAGAGACUUGACCAGCUGCCCUAAACCAGCCCCAAACUCCUGGGGAGCCAGGGGAGCUCAGGGCAGACCCCACUUGGCUUCGUUUUUUUAUUUCCGCCCUCUCCCACCCUUCCCCGCGGUGUUGUGUUCGACUGUGACUUUGGUGUUGCUGUAUCUUUCCUUUAAGGACCCCAUCCACUGCCCUCUGUGUUGGGAGCCCUGUUCUUGUCUUGUGUACUUGGGCGUCCCUCCAGGGUUUGGGGAGCCAGUCCUCUCCCACCCCCCCAACACUGGAAUUUGUUUGUGUUCUCUUCAUUGGGGAGGGAGAGCAGAGGGGGCUUCAAGAUGAAGAGCACCCUCACCUCACCCCAUAUGCUGCUCCUUUGCCCAAUGUCCCCCCACUCUAAACUGGUGAUGCAGCCAGGGCACCUAAAAGGUUAUAGGGGAGUUCUCUGUGGUAUCCAGGGGAGUCUUGUCUGUGAAAUGAUGGAGCUGAGGUUCCUACUGGGGUCCUGGGCACUGUGUUUUCCUGGUAAGAGUGGCUUUAUGCUUUCUCUGUUCUGCUGGCCUACAAAAUGAGGUUGGCCUAGCUGUCAUAUACUGCUUUCCUUUACUCCCAGUCUGUUCUCUACAGAGUGGGUGACCCCAGCUGGACUCUACUCACAGUCCCUGUAUGCCUCCUCCCACACAUGCACACACACACCACUGGGUCUCUCCCAGUGCUCUCACGCCCUGCCCAGGCUAAACACUGCCCCAGGCCCCACCCUUCUCUGCUCAAGGAGGGAAUCAGUCCACAGAAGCAUCAAGAGACAGAGAGGAUGAACCACCCAGCUGCUGCCGCUCUAAGAUUUCAGUGUAGCCCCAACCUUUCCAACGGUGUGCACGUGUCUCGGAUUUCUCUUUAUCUGCCAAGUGCUAGCAACACUUGACUCUUCUGGGAAGUCGGGGCUGGGAUCCCAGGAAGGAAUUUGAGGCAAAGAAGUAUUUAUAUGGCGAGGACGUUCUCAUGGAGGCUCCGCAAACACAAUCUGGUAGACUGCAGGGGACUGCUAACGUCUCAUACAGGAAGGCCAGCAUAGAUGUCACAAGUCUCAAGGAAAGUGCAGGAGCACCCAGGAACCUGCUGCUUGUCCACAGUUUCUACCAGUGCCAUUCUGAGGUGAGGUGGACGACGAAGGGCCCUCCCUUGAGUGCAUGGAGAAAGGCCCUCCCAACUCACUGUCCCCAAGCUCAAAGUGCCUCAGUUUCUCCAUCUGUGCCCCAAAUUCCCCACAUUCUAAAUGGGCAUGCCUAUUGCCUAUGCCCUGGGGGAGGCAAAGUGGGCUACGAGAGCCCUAGGGCCUGCCUGCUGGGGUCUCAACUCACUCGGCUCAAGGUGACACUCUGAGGGAUAGCAGGUGUUGGGGAGAGGGAGGCAGAGCACUCUGUGCCCCAAGGGCACUGACCCACCCUGCCAUAGGCUUCCUAAGGGAGCCCCACCCCUCGCCCCACCCCCCCCCCUCCCUGGUGCUGCUAUUGAAUUCCCAGUCCAAGUGCCAUCUCUGGCACCCCUUAGCCCACCAGCUGGGGCCAUUUCGCCAAGCCUUCACUGCCCUAGUCCCAGCCCAGGCCGCCCAGUAGCCACGUAGCAGAAGUCUGAAGCCAUGCCAGCCCUGUGGCGGCUCUCCCCUCUUGGCAUUGGGGACACUGGAUGGGGCGGAGUUCAGGAAAGAAACUUCUAGGGCCUUUCUAGCCACAGGGCAGAGGAAGGUGGAGGAGCUGGGCUGCUUCUCCCAGCAGUAUUAGUGACCCUCCUAUGUCACAGCACCUCUCUCCUCCUCAUGCCAAUUCUAGCUCCUCUGCUUGGUCCCCUUACUCCCGAGGCAAAGACUCACCCUCCUGCACCUCUCAAAACUUCCACUGUCACCCCUUAUUCCUUAUUUCGUGAUGGACUGAGGAGGCCCUGGGCCCAGACAAAGCACCUAAGCUCCCCCUUAAGACACCUGCACGCCUUUCCCCCAAGCAAAGCACAAUUUACGGGGUCUCUGCAGCAGGAUCCAGGAUCCCAGCUGUGAUGCUGCUACCAGGCAGUUGCUCCCUGGGUUAAGAGAGGAAAUGAGGCCGGCAUCAGUCGCUGGGCCUAAGAAGCAGGGGCUUUCUUGGCACUGUGUUUGUUGCGGGACAGUGGCGACAUCCAGCUGACCGUGGAAGGCCCAGUGCAGCAGAGCAGAGGGCGUUCCGCUUCAUCUUCAUGGCCCCAACCCAAGCUGAGCAUCUGCCUUGCUGCACAGAGAAUAAACUUGGUGUGUUAACUGUGCCAAGGCCUCUCCAGUUGUCAUCUCUCAUUGCCCUCCCUCUGCUGCCCCUGGACUCCUGUUUCCCUGCAGAUUUUGAUAUUCUGAGUCUCAUUUACCGGAAGGCCCUGAAAAGAACAGCAGCACACAUCAGCGAACACAUGCCCAGCACACUGGCGCUCGCCUUUCACAGACCAAGCACAGGCGCGUGUGUGCACAAGUACACACAUGAGGAACGAGAAGCCCUUAGGAAUGCUCAGGCCCGAGACAGUGGACGGGGACCCAGCCCUGGGAAGGUGCCCUCUGUGCCCCAGUCACUGGUGCAAUAACUUUUCUGCUGCCCUUGAGGUGGGAGAAUCAGGACUCAUGUCAGGUGGGUGGGGCCGCCCUGAGCCCAGCAGACACCGCAUUCCCUUUACUGGGAGGAGGGGGGUGCUCCCAGGCCUCUGGGGGUCCAGGUAGAGACUUCCCCAAGCCUGACUGCCAACUGAAACACCCUCUCCUAGUGAGGGCAGGUGGCUCAAGCUGGCCUGGGCCAGAGGCACCCGGAGGUGAGGAAUCCAGUCUCGCCGAUGCUGCUUUCUGACCCUGGCUGUGAGGAACGGGCUUGGGGUGGGGGGGUGAGUUUUGUUUUUAUGUUAACCAAUGGAAACAAAAUCCAAGAGAAGCUGCCACCCUUACCGCCGAGUGUGGCCAGCUUCCUUUGCUUCAAUUUCUUUGUCACCCUUUUCCUCUUUGGUCCUGGGGGACAGCCCAGCAGAUUCUCCUGGUUCUGACCUGGGGAGGGGGGGUGUCCCACCCCCUUUUACUUGUAUUAAAAAAAAAGAUGGGUUGAAAAUGUACUGAGAAAAAAAAUGUACUUUUUUAUAAAUAAAGUGUUUAAAAACAA